GGGAGCGGGACAGAGCCUUUCACUUCUGUCCCUGGGGGCCGGCCAGCCGGGGCGGGGCUGGGCGGAGCGUCGAUUCCGUAAGGCGCUCCCGGGGCCCCCGAGCCGAGCCGGCGGCGCCCUCCCGCCCAACGGCCUGUCAACAGUCGCGGGGGUCCGGGAGGGAAGACUCGGAAGCGGGCGAGGCCGUGAGUGCGUCCCGGAUCCCCUCCCAGCUGGGCGGCCAGACUUGGCCCCGGGGAGGGGGCGGGAUGUGCUCCGCCGGGGAGCUGCUGCGCGGCGCGGGCGGCGACGGGGAGCCGGACGAGGACGAGGACGGAGCCGACUCUGGGUUGGAGGGGCCGGAGCCGGGGCCGGGGCCGGAGCUUACGAAGCCGGAGGAGCAGGACAGCGGCCAGAGCCUGCUCGCGGGGCAACAGCCCCAGCAGCAGCAGCCGAGGAGGCGCGGGCGUCCCCGGCAGCCGCAGCCGCAGCCGCAGCAGCAGCAGCAGCAGCAGCGUGGUCCUGGAGGAGGCGGCCAGGAGCAGCCGGAGCAGGACAUAGAAGAAUCACAAAAUCAUAGUGUGGAACCUGUUAUAGAUGACUACAAAAAGAUGGGAACCCUUUUUGGUGAACUGAACAAAAGCCUAAUCAACAUGGGCUUCACAAGGAUGUAUUUCGGAGAACGGAUUGUGGAGCCAGUCAUAGUCAUUUUCUUUUGGUUUAUGCUCUGGUUUCUUGGCCUACAAGCCCUUGGACUAGUCGCUGUUCUUUGCAUUGUCAUUAUUUAUGUACAAGAAUAAAACAUAGCUGACCCAUGUGUGGUUUGACAUGUGGAAGCCAUGUUGUGUGUUGACGGAUAUUUAAGCAAACGAGAGCUACAGAAAUCUGCUUUGUUACAAAUUAUGUCAGCCAUUUUCUAACUAAAUUUAUAAAUGGAUGUUCUUUGAAAAUAAAGUCAACUCUUCUUUAUCUGGGGAGUUAAUUUCAGGUAAUCCAGGCUCCUUAUUUCCCAGUAAUGACUUUUGCCCACUUAUUGAGCACUAAUCAUAAACACUACUACCCAAAAAUGCUACAGAGGUUAUGACAUUUAGAGCUAUCAGUUUUACUGCUUGUAAAUAAUAUAGGGAGAAAGAAGCUAAAGCGAUAUUUUACUUGAAGAUUAUUUCCUAGCCUUUCCCACUUUCAUUUGGGGAAUGUCGGAUUUCAGUUAUCCUUGCCAUCCCCAUCCUCAUGUGUAAAUGAGAGUUGGCUUUAUGACUAUCUUUCUCUUGUGAUGAAAAUUAACCAUUCUGGCUCAUUUUCCGAAAGAUUGAGAAAAAAAGACAUAUACUGUUGUUAGAGAAACUACCCAAGUGGAUUGAAACUUCAUUAGGCCUGGAACCACGUUUUGGUGCUGGUGAGUUCUUUGUUAAUCCAGGAGCCAGGUAAAUGCUCAGCUGGCUACAUACCUACCUUGUGAUAUGCCUAAAUAGGCCUCGGUAUUUUCUUCUAUCCAACAAGCUUGAGUUUUUAUUUUUUAUUUUCCAGGGGACACUUUCAGUGUGUUUUUCACAACUUUUACAAUUUUAUAGUCCUUUUUUUAACUGCUACUUUAAGAUAUAAAUCAAAAUCUGUUUCGUAGCUGGACAGUAUAGUAUUUUUUCCCUAACUUGUUACAAAAUCUGCCUGCAUCUUUUUCUUUCUCUUUCAAAAAUAAAAGACUAAAUCUUUCACCUUUGAUAUAUAUGGAGAGAGAGAGAGAGAGAGAGAGAGAGAGAGAGAGAGAGAGAGAGAGAGAGAGAGAAAAUAGAUGUACAGUAUUGAAGAAAUGGUUAAAUUUGGAGUGUGAUCAUCAGUCUUAUACAUUCAGCAAGACCAAAUCUGUGAAUCCUCUAAAUGGAGAAGCAAAGUGAUUGAAAAUAUCAUUAGAGCAUAUAAUGCUAAAUCAGAAUCCCAGCCAGAGGGUGUUAAAAAUACAGUGUAUUUGUUUAAAUAUUGACUUUUUUAAACUUAUGACUUUUUUUAUUUUUACAAAAGGUCUUUGUACUCUAUUGUGUGCUUACAUUGAGUUUGCAAAUAUUUUUAUACCAAUGAGCAUACCCUUCAACUACCUUACAAUAAGUGCAAACUAUAUGAAAGGGUAUUUUCAGUUAUGUACAAGUACAGUUUAAAAAAACAACAGAAAUUAUGGGAAUUUGUAGCAGUAUAAAAUAUUAAUAACUACAUUCUUUUGGAAUGCUGCUGGGAGUUUGAAUUUCUGAAAUGUAACAUGCUUAAUAACUGCUCUGGUCCCACCAGUGCCUAAUGGUGAAUCUGUUUUUCAAAGUCAUUUUUGUUAUAAAUGAUUCAGUAUCCAGUCAGCACUAUACAUUGCCCUGUUAUGCUGAUGGAAUAUGUGUGUAUGUGUGUGUGUAUGUGUGUCCAAUUAUAAAAAGUAAGCAGGCAUUUUACUAUCUCCUUUCAAAUUUCUGUUACUACUCACCACAAUUUACCGUCAAGUGCUAUCAAGGAGGGAGGGAAUAAAAGCUAGCUAGUAGCUUAUUUAAUGGAGACAAUAAGAUAUUGCCUCUAGGAAGUGUUGAAAUGCAGAUCAUACUCAUUUCUCUAGGUAAAAGAAACUCCUAUAACCUUGACUGGUCAUGAAAUAAAGUGAUUAGGUAAAAUGGGAUAUUGAAUCAUAUCCAUCUCAGAAAUGUAACCAAUUCGAGGAAUUGGUGUUAUAUGUGAAUAAGAUGUAUAAUAAUUACCAUAUAAUUUACCCAUAUUAUUAGCCCUCAGUUUUAAAAAGGAGAUAGGGGAAAUAAGAUAUUUAUCUUACAUCAAAUGUAGUCAAACAAACUGACCUGAAUGAAUAGAUCCAUUUUUGUUUAUAUUUUGUCUUAUUUCUUAAUCAGCCAUAAACAUGGUACUCUCUCUGUUCCCUACCACUAUAGGGGUUCUUAACUCCGGGUCAAUGAAAAAAUGAUAUAUUUUGAUAACUAUACUUCAAUAAAUUGGUUUCCUCUGUAAUACUGUGUAUUUUAUUCUAUGCCUUUAAAAACAUUAUUCUGAGAAGCAGCCCGUAGACUUCACAAGACUUCCAAAGGAGUCCAUGAUACAAAAAAAGGCUAAGAACCUUUGUAUUAUAACUAUAGCCAUCCUUCAUUUUCAGUGGUAUGAAAUCCAUUUUCUGGUUUUUAUUGAUAUCUUUUUAAUACUGGAGAGGGGGAAGUCAUUGAAAAGUGUGAAGAAGGGUCCAGGGAGCACUCAGGACGUACUGGUCCAUACCCCUGCAUCUAUUCUAGCAGAUAAAUGACAUCUUAUGGUCAUCAUGCUGCUUUUGGCCCCAGUGCUUGGGUUGGAGGAUGCCUUUCCAGCCUGUACACUAAUUUGUUUCGAUCUGAUUAUCCUCUUGAGAAGCUGAACAUCCCCAAGGCACCUCAACCUAUGGGAUAAACCAAGUGUUAACAAUAUUGUUGGGAAGGUGAUUCUCAACCCAAGCAAUUACACAGGAAGACUUGUGAAUAAUCACUGCUAUUAUUGAGGACUCAUUAUCGAGUUUGCAGAUUAUCUGCAGCCCUCAGUUCCCAUAGGGUCUUAGCUGGGGAAAGGAGAGGGAGAAGGUAGAGCUGAAAUGAGGCUGUUUUGUUCCUGUAUUAUAUCCCUAAUUAAAGAUGUGCUCUGGAAGAAAGGAAAUUAAUUCAUAAAAUAAGGCUAGGGGUAAUUCACAGAAUCCUAGAAUGAGAAGGACCUGUAGGGAGACUUCACAUCCAUCUUACUAUCUGAUGGAUGAAUCUUGUCUUUAACAUCUCUGACAAAUGGUCAUCUACCCUCCAUCAUUUAUUGAUGCUCUCUCUGGAACCCAUUAGCUCAAAGUUGUUUUAUACUUUAAAAUUUUAUGGCUCAAAAGAUACUUUUACUGUGCAGAAGGGGAGUGUAUUAGUCUGUAUGUUGUCAUUUAGGCAUCUUGUUGACUUUCUGUGGGAAAUAUAUAGCUAUCACUCAUAUGACCUGGGUCUUUGCAAUAUAGCUACCACAUUGUAGCAUAUUUCAGGGGGAAAUCCACCCUGCAGCUCACAUCAAAUGUGUCAACACUAUUUGUAAUGCUUAUUUCAAGGGGAAUAAUAGCCACGGAUAUUAUUUAAGGGAUACUUUUUUAAAUGUUACUUAUUUAACAGUGUGUCCCAGUAAGUUUUCAUCUGCCAAACAUUUUUCUGAAUAACUUUGAACAUCCAGAAUACUUAUAUCAGGGCUGAUGGUUCUUAUUACAAAACUGCCAUAUUAAUUCUCCACCAGAAUGUCUUGGUUGUCCAAACCAUUUGUGUUAUACAAACUUAUAUACAAAGUUCUUUGUUAUCCUUUCUAAUAAAAGAUACUCUGCUGUAAUCCUU